GAAAGAAGAAAGUCACGGAUCGUCCAGGAUCACGUUCCCUGCCCACCUCCCAAUUUCUUCCCUCUUUCUCAAUCUUCCAUCCGCGUCAAACUUUCCCAGCUCUUUCACCUCAUUAUCCCCUACCUUCUAUCACCCACUGGGCGACCACUCUUCCACUCGUUCAUCCAUUGCGUCGUCCUUGAGCUAACUAUCCCGUCAAUCGCUGUCCCCCUGCGCGGCUACCGCUCUCAGGACACGCCGAGAACGGAUCCUUACGUUGCGGUCUUGAGGGCUCCAUAUUAUUACAUCCAUACGAAAGGCCAUUGUUUCGUGAAACCACGCGACUUCCGAGAUGGCUGAGGUUGAAAGCACCGCCGCGGACGAGUCGUUUGCGCAAUCCGAGCCGCAAGAUGAGCAGCAAACUCACAAUAUGACCGUCGGUAUUAGGCGUCAGGCGAACGGCACUAUCGGGUCUGUCUACUCCGGAAAUAAGAUUCGACAUCUCAAGAAGGAAGACGGCAUUCCGCUAUGGCGCAAGGACAUCCAGUAUCAGUUCCUUAAGCUCGUCUUCGAAGACCAGACUAAGGUCUUUACCCGUUGGCCAGAUGGAGAGAAGAACCUGGAUUUUGCGGACAUCUACAUCGACGCUAUGGCUAGGAGUAGCAAGACGAGCAAGAUCUUGAAGGACAAACUUCAGAACGAUAAACAAGCAGCUAUCAGCAUGGCUAUGGUUUGCUUGCUGGUCAAUUUCGGAAGGAUGAAUACCACUCUCAACUUCUUCCCUGAGAUGCGUGCCCAACUGCGGACCUAUCACUCCAUUCCUUCGCUACAAGCGCACCAAGACCCGAACGCCUACAAGCAGCUCCAAGACGCCCCUCGUCUCAAAUCCAUUCUCAAGGGUGCUUCGGAAGACGUCGACCAGCCAAAUACUCUAGAAAGGAUCAAGCGCCAUGCAAUUCCUCGCACCAACCCGGUAAACCUCAUUUUCGUUCUGGCACAAUACGCGCCCAAGGUAUCUGAAAUGCACUUCUUCCCUCCACGCGACUUCUUUGACCUCGUCAUGCGGGGCACAUUGAGCAGUAAGAGUCGUGCAAAGGCAUUCCUAUGGUUGAUGUGGUGGUACCUGGAAAGUGAUUUCAGCGCCGAAGCCGCACGCAACAAUCCGUUUGGACCCGGCCUGGACGGUGAAGGAACCGGGGGCUUGCCCAUCAAGGUGCCUCAAUUUGAAAGCCUUACCGAGGAACAAGCAAACGAGGAAAAUGUUGAUACUCAGUCUGAGAUUGAAUAUGGAGAGGCUAAGCGCCUGGAACGCAAACGUAUUCUGGAGGAAGAUGAACCGAUUCCUAGAGUGACCAAACGCUCCAAGAAGGGUUUGCCAGACUUUGGCUAUGAGGAAGAUGGCUCGGGAGAUGUUUCGGGUCGAGGCGAUGGCCGCGGUUCUACUAUGUCAACCCCCCUACAUCCCUCUUCCAAGCGCUAUCCGCAGGAUGAUGAGGAUGAUUAUCAAACUCCUGGACAAUCUGCCAGGUCUCGUUACAAGAGACCUAAGCGGGAUUCUUCCCUCAACCGUUCUGUUGGUCAGCAGCGUCUCAUCUUAAGAACCAAGAUGGAAAACACACCUGACGCUGCUUCUCCAGCUCCUCCAGGCUCUGGCCAUCCCAUUUUGAACCGGUUCGUCGCAGAACCUACCUUACCUCAGCAGUCUUCUUCUCGCCGUCCCCGGCCCCUUACACAGCACCAGCUCGCUGUUGAGCAAAAUCGGCGACAGCGAAUUGAAUAUCUUCUAGCCAAGCGGAAGAAUGAGGCAUAUCGUGUCUUGCGUGCGAAUCGAGAGAGCGAGUUACCGCUCGUCCGUCACGGUCGUCUAUUAUCAACCCUGCCUGAUGAUUAUGAUACGGACGAUGAGGAGAGAUCGUGGGGCAAAGGCGGGCUUAUUCCAAAGCCGGAGGAAGAGGAAGACUUUGGUGAAUGCGCCAGCUACUAUCUGUCUGUCAUUCGCAAGGCGGCCAGGCGCUUGGACCGAUGGGAUUAUGAUGAUGCCAACGGCCCGAAACGUGACCGCAAGAAGGAAAGAGAGCAACGUCAGAAGGCAAGAGAGAUCAGAUUGGCCAUGGAAAACUCCUCAGAUCUUGCUGGGCGCGUCCCGUCUUCGGCCCGUAGCAGAGCCCGCGCUGCGCGCAAUGCUAAACGCAAGCUUGCUGGGGCAGCAUCUGGUGCCUCGGCUACAGAGUCCAAGGAGCAAGGCGCAUCGACAUCGCGCUCUAAAGCUAACAGGAGCCGUGCUCAACGUGAUGCUGGAGAUGGUGAGACAGCCAACCCCGAUGCCACUAAGGAUGGUCUCGAAGUGCCAUCCCGGGAUCAGGAACUCUCCCCGAUGCCUGGAUCGGCCCAGAUGGGCGAUGAAGACGGAGACAUCGAAGGCGAGGAAGGACUUGACGACAUCGACCGUGAGAUUCUAGGGGAAGGAAGUGGAGAGGAAGAUGUCGGUACGACACGCAAAGCUCGUACAUCUCACCCUGCCGAACUUGGCUAUGAGGACAGCUUUAUUGGCGACGGAGGUGAUCCAGAUGAGGAGGGUGAGGCACUCUCAUCCGAUGAGAACGACGAAGAAGCCGACGAUGAUGAUCUCGAUGAGGGAGAAGGGGAAGCCGAUGGUGAUGAUAAUUCCUCUACCAUGGAAGGUGGAAACGGAUAUGCUGCCAGUGAGACUUCUUCGGUCGCUGGAGAUGCUGCCGAGCCAGCCACUGAAGCUGGCGGCGAGGCAGCAGAACGAGAAGAUAUGAAAGAUGAGGUUAUGGAAGACAAAUAAGCCAUAUGUCUGUGGGCUACGCAGCAACCGCCAUGGAGCUUGUUAAUUCGCCUUGCGGUUUGGUUGCUCUAUCAACUACAUCCAUUUCUUAUGUCUAAGGUGCCGUAUCUUAUUUGGCAACGCUUUUUCAAUGUGUCCCUUCAUAUGUUGUAGUUUGUUCCCCUCUCUUUUCUGUAUUUCCUUUUGCACUUAUUAAACCCACGGGGAUUGAGACUAGCUUGAUACAAU